AUGGACAAGAAGUACAAUGGACUCGUUUUCUCUAAAGAUGCGAAUUACGUACCCCAAACUCAAGAAGAACAAGAGGUAUUUACCCUCCUAAACAAACGAAUUCACAAUAACGAUCUUGAAGAUGAUUUUUUUGAAGUAGCUAGUGGACUUCGCGAUGGUUCUUCUGAUAGUGAUAGCAGUAUUGAAGAGGUAGACAAUGAAAUGGAUGAUGAGUUGGAUUGUAAUAGGUCAGACUGUGAUGAAAUAGAUAAUGGCAGGGGGCGAAUAGGCCUUAGUAGCACUGCGCUUAACAUUACUUCAGCCAAUACUAAUACUCAUACUAAUACCAACCCAACCUCUACCCAAACUAAUACCAACACAACCCAAUCUGAUCUCUACAACUUUAACUCUUUGAUUAAUGAGGUAAACUCAAUCUCAGGCGGACAUUUUGAAAUGCUUUCUUCCUUCUUUGAUAAGAAACGGGCGCCCAAGAAGAAAAAGAAGAAGGUGGCCACCAACAUUGAGGAGUGCAACAUGAUCCUUAACCGAAUGGGCUCCUUUGCUAGCACCUUUAUAGAAGAAGAAGACCCUAAGCCUAGCAAACGCUCUAAAGUAUCUAAACAAGAAGAGUUCUGUGGAAAUUGGGAUAAUCUUGAGUCUUCUUCGACCCAAGCAACCCGUCCAAAAUAUCAGCCCAAUCUUAUCUAA